GUAGUAGUAUUAGCCAAAUCGUUAACUAAAAAAUUGUGUUUAAUCUGAUGUCAAUUUAAUUGCAAGACGGCAUUGCACAGCUUCAAACACGCCCAACAUCUUCAAUUGCCGGGGAUGCAGUCUUCAAUAUGUUUUCGCAUCAUCUGUUUAGUAAAAUAUGCCGCCUGUUCAGUUUGAAGACAUAACAUGUACUUUAAAACUGAAACAGGAGGAGAUCUGUAGCUAUGAAAACCUCUCAACGACCUUUUCAGCGAUAUGUAAGGGCGAACGCAAAGAAAACAGUUACCUUUAAAAAAUCAGAGAAUACAACUACCCAUGAGAAGUUCCCUGGGUUUUUCUGCAGCUUUCUGUGACACUUUUUUCUUGUAAGUCUUAUUUAUAAGACAGACACCGUGCGCCAACACCCAGGCACUUGUAUGUAAAAGCUUGUCUUCACAGCUUCCCUCGCACACAAAGUUCCUCUUUGAGGUUACUAAGAUGCCGACAGGUUCGAUAAUCGCCACUCUAAGGUACCAGUUAACCCUUAACGAUUAACUCCUGGAAGAAUAAGGAUGACACGGGAUUUACUGCUUGCACGGCCAGAUGUUUUGCCGCAUUUCAGCAUACCUUUCGUAAGUGUCCUUACACAAUGAAAUCACGAUAGGUCCAGCUGUCCUGCCUACUGAUACCCUGUCCUGUAGCCACUAGCUGUGGUGGAUGGUGUCGCGCGUUCACCACCCGAUCCUGAAUUCGGCGCGCCACCUGAUUUCUGGACGAGACCGGCAGCCGCGCAUGAGCACAAGCUGAGGGGACACGGAAUUCUUGGGGAAGGCAGAAGCAUGGACAUCACAUACCAGGUUCCUUAACACUCCAUCCACGGUCUUAGUGGCUAGAGAAAAGUGGUGUGCUGGGUGACUCAGGGCGCUGAAAGCUUCCAGCUUUGGCGCCUAGAAGAAGGGGAACUUGAACGAGAGUGAAAUAUUACGUUCUAGGAGAUGCCAGGAGGCCCUUCAGCUAUGCUGCCAGCUCAAGAGGCUGCCAGAAUUUAUCAUACCAACUAUGUCAGGAACUCAAGGGCCAUAGGGGUGCUCUGGGCAAUUUUUACCAUUUGCUUUGCCAUAGUGAAUGUAGUGUGCUUUAUUCAGCCCUACUGGAUCGGAGAUGGGGUGAACACUCCACAGGCUGGAUAUUUUGGUCUAUUUCACUACUGUAUUGGAAACGGAUUUUCCAGAGAGCUGACCUGCAGCGGAAGCUUCACCGAUUUCUCAACAAUUCCAUCAGGGGCCUUCAAAGCUGCAUCUUUCUUCAUUGGGCUUUCUAUGAUGCUUAUCAUCACCUGCAUCGUCUGCUUUAUCCUAUUCUUCUUUUGCAAUACAGCCACUGUAUACAAGAUAUGCGCCUGGAUGCAACUUACAUCUGGUGGAUUGUUUGUGGAGGUAAUUUUAAGCAUUAUCCAAGCCACAGAAAUGACAGUAAGUGAUGUAGAUGAAAAAAUAUAUCGAUUUUGA